CCGCCGGCCAGUGGGGUCACGUGUUGCCCGCGAGCCACCUCCCCUGCCGGCGCUUCCUGUAGCUACCGCUGCGGCCCAGGGCCCGCGGGAGCCCAGGGCGGUGCCGGGUGAGACAAGGCCGGGGUUUGGCUCGGAUUCACCGCGAGGUAUCUAGGCUGCCAUGAUGCCAGGGCCAAGACCUCGGAAGGGCCCUCAGGCCAGAGGCCAAGGGGUGGCCGCUGCCAAGCAGAUGGGGCUCUUUAUGGAGUUUGGCCCUGAGGACAUGCUGCUGGGCAUGGAUGAGGCUGAAGAUGAUGAGGACCUGGAGGCUGAGCUGCUGGCUCUCACAGGGGAAGCACAAACCACAGGCAAGAAGCCAGCACCCAAGGGGCAGGCCCCCCUGCCCAUGGCCCACAUCGAGAAGUUGGCGGCAGACUGUAUGCGGGAUGUGGAGGAGGAGGAGGAGGAGGAAGGGCUGGAGGAAGAUGCAGAGCUGCUGACGGAGCUGCAGGAGGUCUUAGGUGUGGACGAGGAGACUGAGCCCCUGGAUGGUGAUGAGGUAGCUGACCCAGGCAGCUCUGAGGAGGAGAACGGCCUAGAAGACACUGAACCUCCAGUGCAGACAGCCGUCCUGACAGCUUCAGCCCCAGCAGCUCAGGCCGGAGCAUCUCAGGGGCUACACGCUUUGCUGGAGGAACGGAUUCACAACUACCAAGAGGCUGCGGCCAGUGCCAAGGAGGCAGGCGAAGCAGCCAAAGCCAGGCGCUGUGAGCGCGGCCUGAAGACCUUGGAGUUGCAGCUAGCCUCUGUGAGGAGAGGCAGAAAGAUCAAUGAGGAUGAGAUCCCACCUCCAGUGGCCUUAGGAAAGCGGCCCCUGGCCCCCCAGGAACCAGCCAACAGGAGCCCUGAGAUAGACCCUCCAGCUCCCCCUGCCUUGGAGUCAGACAACCCCUCCCAACCUGAGACCAGCCUCCCUGGCAUUUCUGCCCAGCCCGUUUCAGACUUAGACCCAGACCCGCGGGCCCUGCUGUCAUCCCGACAGAGAGAGUACAAAGUGGCUGCCCUCAGUGCCAAGCGGGCUGGAGAGCUAGACCGUGCCCGAGAGCUCAUGAGGAUUGGGAAGAGAUUUGGUGCUGUCCUGGAGGCCCUGGAGAAGGGGCAGCCUGUGGAUCUGAGUGCCAUGCCCCCGGCACCUGAGGAUCUGAAGCCCCAGCAGGCUUCUCAGGCCCCCACAGCACCCUCAGUCAUUCCCCCAGCUGUGGAGCGAGUGCAGCCAGUGAUGGCCCCUGACGUCCCAGCAACCCCAGUGGCCCCUACAGAGUCACAGACAGUGCUGGAUGCCCUGCAGCAGAGGCUGAGCAAGUACCGCGAGGCGGGCAUCCAGGCCCGGAGUGGUGGGGACGAGCGCAAGGCUCGGAUGCAUGAGCGCAUUGCCAAGCAAUAUCAAGAUGCUAUUCGAGCACACCGAGCAGGACGGAAAGUCAACUUUGCUGAGUUGCCUGUUCCUCCAGGAUUUCCCCCCAUCCCUGGCCUGGAGUCCACUAUGGGUGUUGAGGAGGACGCAGUGGCAGCGACAUUGGCAGCUGCAGAGAAACUGGCCUCCGCAGAGGAUACAGCCCUGGCUGAUAAAGACGAGGACGAGGGUGAGCCCCCAGCACAGGCCCCAGUGGCCAAGAAACCUGCACGGCCCACAGUCCCUUCAUCCCAGCGCCUGCCUGAGCCCAGGGCCUCAAGUUCUAAGGAGUCACCGAGUCCAUCUGUGCGGGAGCAGCUGGUACUGCUGGAGGCACGGAAACUGCAGUAUCAGCGGGCAGCCCUGCAGGCCAAGCGCAGCCAGGACCUGGAGCAGGCCAAAGCCUAUCUGCGGGUAGCCAAAUGUCUUGAGGCUCAGAUCAUCCAGGCCCGAUCUGGCAGACCUAUUGAUCUGUCCAAGGUGCCUUCGCCCUUGACGGAUGAGGAGGGUGACUUCAUCCUCAUCCACCAUGAGGACCUGCGACUCUCCCAGAAGGCAGAGGAGGUGUAUGCCCAGCUGCAAAAAAUGCUUCUGGAGCAACAAGAGAAGUGCCUGCUGUUCUCCAAGCAGUUCAUGCACCAGGGCAACGUGGCUGAGACCACCCGAUUUGAGAAGCUUGCUCAGGACCGCAAGAAACAGCUGGAGAUCCUGCAGCUGGCCCAGGCUCAGGGCCUCGACCCUCCCACCCACCACUUUGAGUUGAAGACAUUCCAGACUGUGAGGAUCUUCUCAGAACUCAACAGCACAGAAAUGCAUCUGAUCAUUGUCCGGGGAAUGAACCUCCCAGCCCCUCCAGGGGUGACUCCCGAUGACCUGGAUGCUUUUGUGCGGUUUGAGUUUCACUACCCUAACUCGGACCAGGCUCAAAAAAGCAAAACAGCUGUGGUGAAGAACACAAACUCUCCAGAAUUUGAUCAACUCUUCAAACUAAACAUCAACCGAAACCACCGGGGCUUCAAGAGGGUGAUCCAGAGCAAAGGCAUCAAGUUUGAGAUCUUCCACAAAGGGUCCUUCUUCAGAAGCGACAAGCUGGUUGGCACAGCACACCUGAAACUGGAGCGGCUGGAGAAUGAGUGUGAGAUCAGAGAAAUUGUGGAGGUCCUGGAUGGAAGGAAGCCCACCGGGGGGAAGCUGGAGGUGAAGGUGAGGCUGCGGGAGCCUCUGAGUGGCCAGGAUGUGCAGAUGGUCACUGAGAACUGGCUGGUUCUGGAGCCCAGGGGCUUGUGAGGUGGGCAGCUCUCUGGGCCUUCAGAACCUUUGCCCCCUCCUUUUACUCAACUAACAACUCAUAUCUGGAGAGAAAACCUAGGAGUUUCUCAUCUAUGAGAAAGACCUACCAUGUUGGGUAGUGCUUAUGGGCUGAGUUUCUGAUGUUCCUCAGUAGAACUGGGAAGAAAAGGUAACCUUCCAAGGUUUAACUAUCUUCAGGAAACCCUUUCUAAAAUCUUUGUGUUUUCACUGCAGUUUAGACUGACUUCUUGUGCUUUGCACCCCUGUGUAGCCGAUGGCCAGCACCAGGAGAGGAGUCAGGCCGCGACUGUGCAGGAGUUGACUUUCCCAGCUUUGCUGGCUUCAGAAGCCUUUGUACAUAAGAGAUGCUGCUACCCAAGCACCAAAGACCUGUUAAGCAUGUGCACUACUGACCACGACCCUGGUCUUUCCUGUUGUUGGCCCCUCUGGGGCUCUACAGAAACAAGCUGGGUUCCAGGAGCCCAUCUCCCCGCUGUCUCCCCCUGCCCCCCAGUCUGGAAGAGGGCAAGGACACUUCCGUUCCUCUGUACCAUGGAGUCCUGCAGCCCCUUAACCCCUGCGUGGCAACUGUGUACAGCUUACCCCUGCCUCCAGUUGCACCACUUCUAGAUGUGCCUUUAAAAGAUGUAACUAUGGGAUGGGAGAACUUGAGGGUGAUCGGGAACCUCCCCUGCUGAGGGUGGUGUCAGGGUUCCGUGACUCCAGUGGCCUGGACUCCAGUGUCUGGACUCCAGUGGCCUGUCCCAGACAACUCCGUCACCCCAGCUCUGCCUGUGCCUUUAUCCCUGACAGCUGCUGCACUAGCCUUCCUGCUUCCCUAAGGACUUAGUGGAGGGGGGAAGUUGUUUUUGGUACUACUUGGUGGGAAGUAAGGGGAAGGUUGGAUCUUGGGUUUAGUCCACCCACCCAAGAGAAAAGACUGUUAACUGGAAGAAAAAAUAUAUAUAUAAAAUUUUAUGUAGACACGUUUA